AGAACAAAGCGAAUUAGGGCCAAGAGUUUCAAAAGCUAGCGGGACAAAAAUGUGUCCGCCUUCAAGAUAAGCGUAGUUCUGAACUGGUCCAAGUCUGGUUUUCUUGUCCUCGGCCUGGGCAGCGGUGGAAUCCGCCACAACGGAAGUCGACUUGACGUGGGAUGGGGCGACCGUGUCCGUGUCCACUCACUUGAGAAUGGUUGAAUCCGUGGAUAAAUUAAGUACAGCACUUACUCGUACAGUACUCGCCAGUCGCCACAUUCCACAGUCACACCCCGCGACGGCCGAGCGGCAGUUAAUAAUGGCUACUCCCGCUAAAUGCCCGGACGGACAGCGGAUUGGAGAGCAAGUGUUCAGCCCGGCUUCUUCUAAUAAGCAAGCAGAGAGCAGCCACUCUGGUAGCGGACGUGUGGGAGGUGAUGUGGUCGUAGAGGAUCGCAUCGCACAGCGCGAAGAAGAUCUGGGGCAACCGGUCCAACUGCGGGAUCCGGUGACGGAGAGCGCUACACAGGGCGACAGCCUGUUGGACAAAGUCAAGCAGAAAGUGGAUGGUGUGGUGGAGACUUUGACGGGAAGUACGGUUGAUGAAUUGGUGCAGGGACAGCGCGGGCAUUCGAAGAAAGAUUAAUCCGUACUCCGUAGCAAAGUGCUUCCAUGGCCUGCAGAAUUCGCAUUGAGAAUGCUGCUUUUUGGAACUGCCGUAUUAGCUAUGUUGCUGUUCGUUUGUCUCAGCUCGAAUUCCUGCACAAAUUCCUUUUCGCUAAUGCCUCCGAGACUAUCGAAUUUUCUCACUAGAUUGUGAACUGCAGAUUUUUUUCAGUUGACCCUGAAUUUGCACCGAGAUAUGGUUGAUUAAAUCUGUGAUUGGCAAA